GUGGUUUAAAUAAGGCUCAUUCUGGUGCCCCAGGGAGACCUGAGGCCCCUCAGCAACUCCCACACCUAAUGCAGGACAACACCAUUGACUUCCUGGCCUCCGUGGCAGCCCUGAACCUCGUGCUGAGAGGCACUCUGGAACACAAGUUGAAGUGGACCUUUAAGAUCGAUGACAAGGACAACAACGGCUGCAUCGACCACCUGGAGCUACUGGACAUUGUGGAGGCAAUCUACACGUUGAAGAAGGUCUGCCAGGUGGAGAUGGAGGCCCAGGAGAGCCCGACGCUCACGCCCGAGGAGGUGGUGGACAGGAUCUUCCUCCUGGUGGACGAGACUAGAGAUGGCCAGCUGUCUCUGGAUGAGCUCCUGGACGCCAAGUGGGUGAUGAGCAUGCUGCCGAUGGAGGUGAAUCCCAGCACCUGGGUCUCUCAGCAGCGGAGGAGAAGCGCCAUGUUCUGAGGGGUCACGCGAGCCCCAUGACCCCCGGGGGCAUCCCCAAACCUUUCAAGACUCAAAGCUCACUCAGGUUUGCAAGUAGUGCAGGGUCUGUGGCUCGGCCCCAUCAUCCCCACUCUGAUCCUGGCUCAGGUCCUGCCCUUGUAAGGAGCUGAGUGAGGAGUGGGGGUGGGAUAAAAAUUACACCUUCCAAAGGCCCUAAGGAGUAUUCAUGGGAAGACCCUCGCCCCCUCCUACCCAUGCCUCCUCCCAGGGUGUCUACAAGGGGAAAUGCAGCAGGUGGAGCAGUGGGGUGUGCUGAUGGGGGCUGUUUCCGCUCCGCCCGGGUACUUUCAAAUCACAAGCCUCACCCUCAG